ACCAGCUGACUCAGAACACGGCGCAUGGCACAUGUAUCCGCCCGGUCUUGCAGCCGGCAACCCUAGUAUUGCCACAGUCUUACAAGUAUAUGGACGGAGAGGUGGUUGAAACCGAAGUGUAUUCAAGUAGCUUCUCAUCAGGUCACGUCUUGUUUAACCUCUCCUUCCUACACUCACUACCAAUGGCAGACAUGGCGAUGGCAGCGUCGCACAGUGAGCCCUUCCAAUGGAACCAGAAUGAGCUACGCAGCAAACCCAUCACCCUCUCCCAACCGUCGCCCAAAUUGAAGGCACUGGUCGUCCUCUACCGAAGACAUGCAUCGUAACUUGUGUCGACCAUCGCAUCUUCCCAACAACUCUUCUCCGAUCACAGCUCAGCGAGGC